GGAAGAGACCAACUGCUAGAACGUGGUCUGAGGCAGGCAGUGAAGGGGCAGCCCAGACCCACCAGGGCCCAGCUGAACUCUCCAUGGACUCGUAGACCAUUGUUGAGCCAUUGUAUCGACAUUGCUUACAAUCCCCUUUGAACUUCCAAUGACACCACAUGAUCCUAAUAAGGAAGUCUUGGAGCACAGCCAGGCUGCCCGGCUAAAAUUCUGCCCAACUUCACGACUUCCCCACAGAGACUACAGGCCCCUGGAUAAUAGAAGACAGCAGGCUGCCCUCGUAGCCGGUGAAUGGCAAGCUGCCGGGAAUCGAUGGCCUGGGCAGAAAAGCCCUAAAGACCUCACCCCAAAGGAAGGAGCACAACCCUGUUGGGCUUAAAUCCCAGCUCUGCUACCCGCUACCUAGAUAAGCUCGAACAAGUCUGUGGAACAGCCUGAGCCUCAAUUUGUCACUUUUGAAAUGGGACCAAUGACAGGACUUGCCUUAUAGAGGUGUAUGGAUUGCAGAUUGAGCUUAACCAAGAAGUUCAUAGGCUGACCAACGCUGACCGACCUACAGCCGAAGAAGGGUGUUCUGCCUGCCCAGCCGGGCCUCUGUUGAGCGCCGAUAACUUGGCUUCAUUCAUUGCCUGUGCAGAAAAUUCUCCCUAUUGAUUUUUUUUUUCCUUUUUUUGCACAUGGAGGACAAUAGCAGGGAGGGCAACACAGGCUGACAAGACCAGAGACCGCGAGAAGAUUCCUUCACCGCGGGCCUUUGGGACAUCUCCUCUAGUUGGAGUUCUGGACUUUCACAGGACCCCAUCCAGUCAUCUAUUGGUUUGCUAUCUAUUAUUUUCUGCUUUUGUUUUUCCCCACCACGUUGUAUUUUAUUUCCGUACUUCAGAAAUGGGCCUGCAGACCACACAGAGGCCCAGCCGUGGGGCCUUCUUCCUGAAAUCUUGGCUUCUCAUUUCCCUGGGGCUCUACUCCCAGGUGUCCAGACUCCUGGCGUGCCCCAGCGUGUGCCGCUGUGACAGGAACUUUGUCUACUGUAACGAGCGAAGCUUGACCUCAGUGCCUCUUGGGAUCCCGGAGGGCGUAACCGUGCUCUACCUCCACAACAACCAAAUUAAUAAUGCUGGAUUUCCUGCAGAGCUGCACAACGUACAGUCGGUGCACACCGUCUACCUGUAUGGCAACCAACUGGAUGAGUUCCCCAUGAACCUUCCCAAGAACGUCCGAGUUCUCCAUCUGCAGGAAAACAACAUUCAGACCAUUUCACGGGUGGCUCUUGCCCAGCUCCUGAAGCUCGAAGAGCUCCACCUGGAUGACAACUCCAUAUCCACGGUGGGGGUGGAGGAAGGGGCCUUCCGGGAGGCCGUGAGCCUCAAAUUGCUGUUUCUGUCCAAGAAUCAUCUGAGCAGUGUCCCCGUUGGGCUCCCCGUGGACUUGCAGGAGCUGAGGGUGGAUGAAAAUCGAAUCGCUGUCAUUUCAGACAUGGCCUUUCAGAACCUCACGAGCUUGGAGCGCCUGAUAGUGGACGGGAACCUCCUGACCAACAAGGGCAUUGCCGAGGGCACCUUCAGCCACCUCACCAAGCUCAAGGAGUUUUCAAUCGUAAGGAAUUCGCUCUCCCACCCCCCACCCGACCUCCCAGGGACGCAUCUGCUCCGGCUGUAUCUGCAGGACAACCAGAUAAACCACAUCCCUUUGACGGCUUUCUCCAACCUCCGCAAGCUGGAGCGGCUGGAUAUAUCCAACAACCAGCUGCGCGUGCUGGCGCAAGGGGUCUUCGAUAACCUCUCCAACCUGAAGCAGCUCACUGCUCGGAAUAACCCCUGGUUCUGUGACUGCAGCAUUAAGUGGGUCACGGAGUGGCUCCGAUACAUCCCUUCAUCUCUCAAUGUGCGGGGGUUCAUGUGCCAAGGUCCUGAGCAGGUCCGGGGGAUGGCUGUCAGGGAGUUGAAUAUGAAUCUUCUGUCGUGUCCCACCACGACCCCCGGCCUGCCCGUCUUCACCCCGGCCCCAAGUACAGCUGCCCCAACAACUCAGCCACCCACACUGUCUGUCCCAGCCCCUAGCAAAAGCUACACGCCUCCGACUCCCACCACCUCCAGACCUCCCACGCUUCCCGAGUGGGAGGGCAGGGAAAGGGUGACCCCACCCAUUUCCGAGCGGAUCCAGCUGACUGUCCAUUUUGUGAAUGACACUUCCAUUCAGGUCAGCUGGCUGUCUCUCUUUACUGUGAUGGCGUACAAACUCACGUGGGUGAAAAUGGGCCACAGUUUAGUCGGGGGCAUUGUUCAGGAACGCAUCGUCAGCGGGGAGAAGCAACAUUUGAGCCUGGUUAACUUGGAGCCCAGAUCCACCUACCGGAUCUGUCUGGUGCCACUGGAUGCUUUUAACUACCGAGCCGUGGAAGACACCAUUUGCUCCGAGGCCACCACCCACGCCUCCUAUUUGAACAACGGCAGCAACACUGCCUCCAGCCACGAGCAGACCACGUCGCACAGCAUGGGCUCCCCCUUUCUGCUGGCGGGCCUGAUCGGGGGUGCCGUGAUAUUUGUGCUCGUGGUCCUGCUCAGCGUCUUUUGCUGGCACAUGCACAAAAAGGGGCGCUACACCUCCCAGAAGUGGAAAUACAACCGAGGCCGGCGGAAAGAUGACUACUGCGAGGCGGGCACCAAGAAGGACAAUUCCAUCCUGGAGAUGACAGAGACCAGCUUUCAGAUCGUCUCCUUAAAUAACGAUCAGCUCCUUAAAGGAGACUUCAGACUGCAGCCCAUUUACACCCCAAACGGGGGCAUUAACUACACAGACUGCCACAUCCCCAACAACAUGCGAUACUGCAACAGCAGUGUGCCAGACCUGGAGCACUGCCACACGUGACAGCCGAGGUCCCAGCGUCACGCGGGCGGACAGUGGCCCUCCCGGGAACACACACGUGUGUGCACAUAGAGACACGCAAAUUACAUUUGAUAAAUGUUACCCAGAUGCAUUUGUGCAUUUGAAUACUCUGUAAUUUAUACGGUGUACUAUAUAAUGGGAUUUAAAAAAAAAGUGCUAUCUUUUCUAUUUCAAGUUAAUUACAAACAGUUUUGUAACUCUUUGCUUUUUAAAUCUUAAAAAAAAAAAAAAUAGUUGCUGAAGUACUGUACAGGGUUGUACAGAGAACCCAACGCCAAGGCGAAAGGACGAGUGAUUCUUCCUUACGAUGCACAGGAACCACUUUGCUGUUGACGCUGUCAGGAUAAAUUCCUUUCCUAGCCGUGGUCAGAAGAAAGGGCAGGUGAAAAUGGACUCAUCGGGUAGGAUAUAAAAUAGGGGUCAAAGAAUGGCCCGGAAAUCUUCAUGCUAUUUCUAUACUUCCUGGCCUGGAAGGAAAGCUCAAAAAUCCCAAAAUAUAAGAAGGGAGGUAGUUACCCUGGUUUGACCCAAAAGAGGAAACGGAGAAAGCAUCAGAGGAAGUCAGUUCCUGUGAGAUAAGUGAACCCAACCUGGCAGCAUCAAGGGUUUGGCAAAGACCCUUAAACCUGGGGGUUGGCAGUCUGACCAGGAACUUAAAAAUCGCUCCCCGGCCCUAUGUGGUCACAGAGCUGGAGACCCGAGUCUGACUUUACUCACCUUCGGGGACAGGUAUGAUGUCCCGGCCAGAAAAUUCCCUUUAAAAGUGUUACUAUUCAAAUUAUAUGUCAGGCUCAGUCACAUUCAACAGAGAUAUAUUCUAGAAUACUUUUUUUAGAAGAGGCUAAUAAAAAUAAUGGGAAGAUUAUAUUGAAUGGAGUUAUUUUUGAUAAUGAGAAUUAUUUGGGUAGAUUCACUGCAGCUAUGUCAACAUGAUAUUUAGACCCACAAGGGAUCGAUGUUUGGGAUAUACUAAAGCAGCCUGUUCUUUACAAAUUGUGGAUACCACUUAGAGAAAAGCAAGCGAUCGGCGGCUCUGCUAUACUGUGUCAACUGCCUUUGUUAGUAUCAUGUUGAAAUAGCUUGAAUUAAUACCUUUACCCCCUCGCAAAUUCUUGUCUUCCAAUCACCUCACAUGUAUUUUCGUAAUUAGCUGUUUAUGCUAUGUUUGUUUUUCUCCCCCCUGCUCAAAAUUUGAAAGAAAAUUAUGGAUGCCAGUCUUGGUUGCACAAUAUAUCCAUAUACACUUUAAAAUAUAUACUAAUUUUCACUGCUAACAAUUCUAUAAGAACACAUCAAAGCUGGCCAAAAUAAUGUUUUGUUUUUUUUAAAAAAAAAACAAUAUUGAGUUUCCUCCUUGGACUGACUGAUCCUGUCCCAUUUUUGAAAUUUUAUUUGUUGCUUUUCAAUCUUGGAUGUUCCUCUUCUUUGGGACUUGUGGAGGGAUAAUCAAUCUUAUAUUAACAUGAUAACGGAUGAAAAAUGAACAUCAGAGAGCCAAGGUUUGUUCCCCUAAUCUUGGCAGGGCUGGGCACGGAGGAGAAGGCAUAGAGAAGAGAGGGAUGCCCAUGCUUCAAUCCACGUCAUUUUGAGGCCAUGUCCAUCUUCAGAAAGUAUAUAUAAUUUCCUCUUUUCCACCCCUUAGAUUUAGAAGGGCUAUAGAUCACAUAUAUUAUGUAAAAAAUACACCCUUGGGAAAUUAUUUUCAAAGUCAAAUUUAGGCAUUUCACCCUGUGUUGCCUGUUUUCUCUACCACAGGCCAUUAUUUUAGGGACCCGUAAAGUUAAUGUCACAAUCAUUUUGUGCUUGCGCUCGCUCGCUCUCUCUCCUCUCUCUUUCUCUCUGUCUCUUACUUUUAACACAAUAGAACUGUGAUGCGCCUCCUUUGUAAAAGUUUAGGUAUAAAAUGCUAUGCAAGUUUUUCUUUAUAGUAAGAGCUUUAUUUUCUUUAACAAUAUAGCCCCAACUUAUAUGUUUUAAUCCCCCCUGUCCCUCAGAAUAAGCAGAAAAUAUAACUGGAGAUAUAACGUUCUAGACACAAGAACUGAAACUGUCUGUGCAGUCAGUAGAGCCGAAAUUAACUAUGAAUUAAUGAAUUAAUUCUACAGUGAUUUUGGUCUCCACGUUAGUCAGUUAGCUAGUGAGGUUUGGCUGUUACCUUUUCAGCGCUAGGGCCACACAGUGAAGGGCUGAGACAAUCUGCGAAGGUGAUCCGUGAAGCGGUGAGCCACCCAAAACGCACGACAAUGACAUGGGCUUUUAUGUAUCCAACCGGAUAAUCCCCUUCCACUGCCCUCUUCCCCUUGGCUGUGUAGAUAAAACUAUGUGUUCAAAUGAUGGUACUUAGACUUUUGAGGGUUUUUUUUCUUUCUUUUAUCCACAAAAUAAUCACUCUUAUUUAUUUGUGUUGUGUGUAUAACCCCUAGUGGGAUAUUUGGCUGCUGAAAAGAUUUGCUCUGGGCCAAGAAGACCAAGGCUGGAGAGGUGUCUUAAACGUCUUAAGGGAUUCACAGAAUUAUUUGGGCCUUAAGUGGUACUUUGGGGAUCCAGUCAUGUGAAAUGGUUAGGAUGAUUGGAAAACGUUCCUUCGCUGGAAGGUGCUCCUGACGAGGUAGAAUCUAGUAACAGGUUUUACUCUCAUCUCAUGCACAGCGUGACAGAGAUGGCUAAAGUGAAAAUCAGUCCCCCAUUUGUAAUUACACGCCCGAGGCUCUCGCCUACGGCAGGAUAAAAGCACAUCGUGGGAUUUGUAAUGUCUUAUGUAUCUUAGGAAAACUGCACAACAACCAUCAGUGGUGGAUUAUGUGGUGAUGUAUUUGGGCCUCUCUAGCUGGCAUCAUUUUGUAUCUUGAAGUGUUUAGUUGAGAGUCAAGGCUGAAGGUGCAGACCAAGACCAUGAACAAAGCCCGACUCACUGGCUUUUAAAGAGCUCGCUGCUGUCUGACCCUGUGAGGUGAUUUCAGACAGUAGGCCACCACUGUGCACAGGAGCUUCUAAAAGGAACAGGCAUAGUCAUGAUCAUAGAGAGAUUACUGACCAUCAUUCAUGCCCAGGGUUGUCAUUAACACCUGCUUGUUUAAGGAGACUUGACUGAUAAAGGUGAGAGACCCUGGGCUUUCCUCAAAACUGUCAGAUGCAUUAGUGGCCCAUCAUGUGAGACAAUCACAGGCAGAGAAAGGACUUUGUUCCCUUCCUUCUACCCUGUGAGAAAUAAUACAAUUUCUAAUGAUCUGGAUGUUGGUUGAAAAUAUAUUACAACUUUUAUUCCCGAGGUUAAAAAAGGUGUAAUGUGACUAGUCCGUUAAGAAGUAUUAAUGAAGUAGCUAAUAUUACAGCUCCAUUUCCCACUAGUGCGGAUCCUAAUGGUCUUAGACAUUUCGCAGCAGUCAGAGCCCCCUUCCCCGCUGAGAGGGACACGCUCCUCGUGGGAGCAGAGCACCCUUUCCAAACCCAGGCAAUUCUGUCGCAGCCCACAGGCGGCGGCUGUGGCCCUUGACCGCACACCUCGGCUGCAGAGCCCACUGCAACUUUUGACAGUGAACUGGUUCAUUUCCAUUAAGUUUUUUGUUCACAUUUUUCUCUAACCCAUAACCAGGAGACAUUAAUUUUCACUUUAGAAGGUGAGAGUAACGAUUUUGCUCAUGACUUACCUUUCCAGCUGCGUGGGAAAGCAAAGCGGGAAAUAGUACCCAGUUGGGAAAGAGAUACAUACACACAACAAACAAAAGACCCCUUCCAGUUCCCCAUCCUGUCAAACCUUGCCUCAUGCUCUUACUGUCGAGUCAGAAUGCUGACCUGGAAAGCUGUCGUUUACAUCGGCCUCUGGCUUCUCCAGUAGGGCUGGUAGGCCGUGCUGGCGAUGGGGGAGGCUUGUCGCUGACUGUGGGGAGAAAGUUUUGUACACCUAUGACACUGUUGUUAUAACACACAAAGCAGACUAUAUUUUGCUAAGCGUCUCAUUUUUCUAGCAACACACCCACCAGAAGAGCACAAAGCAAGGCCACCGCAACAGGCAUUUUUAAACAAGUGUAAAACACGUGUUGUGCACACAGACACACGCUGGGGCAUCUGUAGAGAUACGGAUGUCAGAUUGAUCACCCUUCGGAGGCCAGGUGAGGGUGUCGCCGCUGUGUGUCCCUCAGAGGACCAGCGGGCCUUCACUGAAAGCUCAUCCCGAUGAUGUGUUAUUGUUUGAAUCAUAUAUGUUGAUUUGCUUCUGGUUUGUGUUUAGUGCGCUCUCGCUGACAAGGGACUGCAGGGGGCUGGAAGAUUCUGCAUCGCUCAUCCUCUGAGACCUAUCGUGUCGCACACUUUGUUAACUACAAAUUCACUCUACACUAUACAGUACCUUGUUGAUAUAUUCAGUAAAGGCUUAUUUUAAAAGAAAA